AGCUCCAACAGAGAUGAAGACGGACGGUGUGGUGCAGACCUUCAGCGGGAGGAAGCAGAGCCUGAUCGAGGACGCGCGCCGGGAGCGCGGAAGUGCCGGCGGCGGCGGCCCGGCGGGCUCCCCGGGGCCCUCCAGGUACGCAGACGGCUUCGUGUUUGAGGAGAAGGACGGCAGGGUGACCCUGAACGUCCUGUUCGCCCUCAGCAGCGAGAAAAACGCGGGCUUCUUCAAAACAGGGAAAAUAUUUGAGACAUUUGAAGCCAAGCUUCUCCACAUCGAGAGCCGAAUGGGGAGGAAGUGUAAGAACAGCACGACGGACCUGGAGUUCUUCAUGAAGUGUGAAGUUCACAGCUCAGACCUGGACGUGUUCGUCAACUCACUGAAGAGAGUGGCUGACGACGUUCGCUGCAUGCCAGAAGAAAAGGGCAAGUUGCCCUGGUUUCCCCGACAGAUAAAAGACCUCGACAGAUGCAACAUGUUGAUCACCAAAUUUGAUCCUGACAUGGACCACGACCAUCCAGGAUACAAUGACCCUGAAUACAGAAAGAGACGGGCCGUCAUCUCUGAGCUGGCCUUCAGAUACAAACAGGGGGACCCGCUACCUGUGGUGGAGUACACAGCAGAGGAGAUAUCUACAUGGAGGCAGGUCUACCAGCAGCUGAGGAGCAUUUACCCGAGUUUGGCCUGCAAACAGUUCCUAGACGGCCUGCAGCAGCUGGAGAAAGAGUGCGGCUACGGAGAGGACCGUAUCCCUCAGCUACGAGAGGUGUCGGCCUUCUUGAAAGAGAGAACUGGUUUCCAGCUGCGCCCAGUAGCCGGCCUGCUGUCAGCCCGAGACUUCCUCGCCAGUUUGGCCUUCAGGGUGUUUCAGUGCACGCAGUACAUCAGACACUCCUCUGCGCCCAUGCACUCCCCUGAGCCAGACUGCUGCCACGAGCUGCUCGGCCAUAUCCCCAUGCUGGCAGAUAAGGAGUUUGCCCAGUUUUCACAGGAGAUUGGACUUGCCUCACUCGGGGUUUCUGAUGAGGACAUUGAGAAACUGUCAACGUUAUACUGGUUCACUGUGGAGUUUGGCCUCUGCAAGCAGAACGGGGCAGUAAAGGCUUACGGCGCUGGACUUCUGUCCUCCUACGGAGAGCUUGUUUACGCCCUGUCCAACGAGCCCGAGUACAAGCCGUUUGCCCCGGAGGAGACUGCGGUCCAGCCGUACCAGGACCAAACCUACCAGCCGGUUUACUUUGUGUCUGAGAGCUUCGAGGAUGCAAAGAUGAAACUGAGGAAAUACUCUGCAAACAUCAAGCGCCCCUUCACAGUCCGCUAUGACCCCUUCACCUGCAGCGUGGAGGUCCUGGAUCAACCCAGUAAAAUCCAAAACGCCUUGAGCCAGAUGAGGGAGGACCUCAAGACCCUGCACAGCGCCCUGGAGAAGCUCAGCUCGUCUUAA